GGAGGGAGGCGGGAGGAGGGAGGAGGGUGCGGCGGCAGCGCGGCGUGGCCUUCCGCGGAAGGGAAGAGUCCCGCAGUCGGAGGCGGCCGGCUGGGCGUGCGCUCGCUCCCCGAAGCCGGGGCUGGGCCGGAGCCGGGCGAGGGCUGGGAGCUGGGCCGGGCCCGGGGACAGCGGGCGAGGGGCUGCUGCCGGAGCCGGGCAGCCAGGCCGCUCGGGGCAGGGGACAGCUGGCGCGGGGUCUGCGGUCUCCGGGGCCCCGAUGUGAGGCGGCGGCGCCCCCGGCCCGAGCGCGCACCAUGGGGGCCCCGCUCGCCGUAGCGCUGGGCGCCCUCCACUACCUGGCACUUUUCCUGCAACUCGGCGGCGCCACGCGGCCCGCCGGCCACGCGCCCUGGGACAACCACGUCUCCGGCCACGCCCUGUUCACAGAGACACCCCAUGACAUGACAGCACGGACGGGCGAGGACGUGGAGAUGGCCUGCUCCUUCCGCGGCAGUGGCUCCCCCUCCUACUCGCUGGAGAUCCAGUGGUGGUAUGUACGGAGCCACCGGGACUGGACCGACAAGCAGGCGUGGGCCUCGAACCAGCUAAAAGCAUCUCAGCAGGAAGACGCAGGGAAGGAGGCAACCAAAAUAAGUGUGGUCAAGGUGGUGGGCAGCAACAUCUCCCACAAGCUGCGCCUGUCCCGGGUGAAGCCCACGGACGAAGGCACCUACGAGUGCCGUGUCAUCGACUUCAGCGACGGCAAGGCCCGGCACCACAAGGUCAAGGCCUACCUGCGGGUGCAGCCAGGGGAGAACUCUGUCCUGCACCUGCCCGAAGCCCCUCCCGCCGCGCCCGCCCCGCCGCCCCCCAAGCCAGGCAAGGAGCUGAGGAAGCGCUCGGUGGACCAGGAGGCCUGCAGCCUCUAGACUGAUGCCCCUGCCCCUGCCCAUCCGCCCCCACGCUGUACAGAGUGCAUGAGGAGCCGCCAGACCACCGGGGACGGACUGCCUGCGUCCAGCCGCACCCCAUCCCCGAGGCCGCCUGUGGCCACCAUGUCGGCCCUCUUUCCACCACCCCUUGCUCAGCAUGUAAGC